ACUUAUUAACUCUCCUCUUGUGUAUCGUUGCAGUUAUUUCGUUGUAAUCGCUCGUAGCUAAUCAUGUCCGGGAAAAAGGGAAAAGGAAAGAACACGAAGCACAUGACGGAGGAAGAACGGGUUCAUUUCUACGAAACUCAGUUGCUUGCAGAGGAAGAGAAUAGGAAGAAGAAGGAAGAACUUCUAACACAGUUCCUGAAAGACAAGCUGGCAAAAGAAGAAAAGGCAAAUGAGUUCAAUAAGCUGAAACUACAGAACCAAUGGCGGGCAAUAAUGAGGGAGGCUAAGGCGACAGAGUUGUGUAAAGAUAUAGAGAUUUUAUCCCAAACAUUUGAGCGGAUAGUUGAUAGAAAGGACGCUAUCAUAAAGUCCCUGUCUCAAGAUCUAGCUGAGGCUGAGGAGCAGUAUCAGUUAGCACUGAGGUCACAUCUACAGAACAUAGACCAGCUAGUAGAUAACCAAGGGUCGCGCAUCGCCUCCCUCCACAGAGAGUACUCUGAAGAGCUAGAGCAGCUGAAACAUGAAUACAGCACAGAGCGGGAGAAGAUGAUAAAGUCCCACCAGUUUGAGUGUAAUGAUCUGCAAGAUAUCAUGUUCGCUAUGGAACAGGAGUUUAACGAGCUCAAGACGGAGGCUCUUCAUGACUUCCAGAGUCAGAAAGAUGAAAUAAAGAACAAGAAUCUUGAAGAGAAACAUGCGCUGAGAAUGCAACUAGAGGGAGCUGUAGAAGAGCUUUGGAGACAAUUCCAAGAGGCUCUGAAACAAUACAAUAGUACGACCGAGGACAGAAAGAAACAUUUUGAGGAGCUGAAAGCUAAGGACAUGAAGAGUGCACAGGAGAUAGAGUUGCAGAUGAGGAAGCUCCAGAAAAUACAUGACAGCAUAAACCAGCAAAAAGCCAAGAUGGCAUGUAACGCCAGAGACUGUGAGGAGCGGAAUAAAAUGCUAAAGGACGAGAAAGAGUCUAUUUUAGUACACUUCUCUCAACUCAAAGGACAAAUGAAUAAAUUCAGAGAAAACCAAAGGUCGAAGCUGACAGCCUUGACCGUGUUAAGCAGUAAGACCAUCAAAGAGUUAAAAGACAAACAUCAAAAGGGAGAGUGUAUCCUCAAGUUGGCGGAGAUGUGUCGUAAGUUGGAGACGGAGGAGGAGAAGGUGCUACCUUUCUACGCCAGCACACUAACCGAGCAGGAGGAGAAAGAGAUCGAGGCUAUGGUUCAGCAGGAACCUGAAAACGACCUUGCUAAUGUGAUGCAUGAGUUUGAAGAUUUGAGCAGCUUUUGGAAACGAUACAACAAGGUGUCACUGGAUAAAAUGUCAUUAGACCAAGCCCGAGUACAGCUGACCCAAGAGAACCAGCAGCUCAGGACCCUCCUCAAGCAGUAUCUGGAUGGUAUCAGUGUUAGUGACGAGAUAUUAUCCCACAACAACCCCCUCUUUAUCGUCAACAAUCGCAGCAAUCUUCCAAUGAGAAUACACGUUGAUCCACGACAACGUCACCAAGUAAAAACGGUGGUAGAAGCAGCUCAUAUCGUCCACAACACGAUCUAACGAGGGAGAUAAGAAGAUAACACAUCCAGAUAAUAGAGUAACGCAUUCCUCAGCGACCUGUGUCGGGCACUUUCUUCGCAGAGGAAAGGUCUUGUCAUGCAAAAAGCGCACAUUUGGGACAGAUUUUAUUUAUUGGUAGUCAGUUUGUGCGCAUUACAUAGCUGAACAUGGAAAUUAACGUUUAUUUCCGAGAUCCCAGAUUUUAAUUUCAAGAUUUACAAGUUUCCCGUUUUAAUAUUCGCGAACUAAGAUAAUCUUCAAUUUGUUAGAAAAGGGUGAACAGGAAACAAAAAGUUAAAAUUCAAGACUUCCUAGAUAUUUGAUAAUAUCGAUCAUAUUAACUUUUACUCCACGUACAGCGUAAGGGAAAAUUUUGCCGGUACUGUCAAGGAAAUUGACUUGGCUGACUGCCAAGACUGCGAUAUAAACCUUCAGAUAUUUCUUUGUGGUAUUAUAUCAAAGACUUUUAUCAUACAGCUUACAGAUUUCAGCCCUUCUGGAAACUUCCACAAUAACGGCCAUAUAACGAGAUAACAUUUCUCUUAAACAUAUCAUUUAAACAUGUUGAGUCCAGAUGUUUCGUAACACCUAAAGCCCGACAAUUGUGUAUUUAAAUGUUAUUCAGAAUACAAAUUUCUCAAAA